CACCUCCGUAGCCCCACGGCGUGGGCUAUGCAAGCAUCAUUAAAUAAUCUCCGUAAAGACGUGAGCGUGAAUCUCAAUCUAUGCUCGGUGCAUCAUACCGUAGAGCAAAUUAUUUGUGAUCAUUGCCCUUGACUCAAUGGCACGAAUCGCAGGGGGUUCGAAAGGGUGUCAUGCAUGCCGCAGGCGCAAGAAACGGUGCGACGAGCAGCGGCCAUCGUGUGGUCAAUGCCUGUCGCGAAACACUUCCUGUCCUGGCUAUUCGCGGGAGAUGAAGUUCAUCAAUGUAUCCUAUCACGGCAAAGGCCGUUCCAGCCACGAGGCGUCGGAGUCUAGUUUAAACGCAGGAGCAAUCUCCACCAGUCGAGAGGGUGAGACCCUGCCAGGCCAGGCGAUCACAUAUCGUGCGUGCAGCAGUGGGCUAUCCUCCCACGCCCUUACCCUUCAUCGCUCUGCCGUCGCGUAUUACUGUAGCUCAUACUUCCAUAACAAUGUCAUCCAGACCGGAUUAGACGUGUUCGGAAAGUCGAGUUAUAUCGACUGGAUGGCAUUUACCCCACACCUUGAUGUAGACGAGCCGAGCCUGAGGUCCGCUUUGCUAGCACUUGGAGCGGCUCGAAUGGGUCGUAUUUCCCAGGAUCCUCGUUUGACUCGGUUAAGCUCAGAAUCAUAUUCGCAGUCACUGCGGCAUCUUCACAGAACGAUUCAAAAUGGAACCCCGGGCCUUCGUGAUGAGACCCUAGCAAGCAUGAUGUUUCUAGCCAUUUAUGAGAUUAUCGAAGGAUCGUCGAGCAGAGGCCUGGGGUGGGCUAGCCAUACUCACGGGGCCUUGUCAUUGGUUCAUUCACAAGGGCUGGACACUCCAUGGACUCAGGCGAGACAUAGACUGUUCGACGCAUUGCGCCUUUCUGCUAUGAUUCAUAGUAUUGGCACAAGAAAACCGACAUAUCUCGCAACGCCGGAAUGGAUAUCCGUCCCUUGGAAGGGGGGUAAGAAGGAGCCCAAACAGCAUUUACUAGACUUGAUGAUGGAGAUUCCGGCUUUAUUGCAGAUGGUUGACUCGGUGUAUAAUGCAUCCGACGGCCACGAGAAAUCGCAAAGACUAUCUAGAGUCUGCAAAGUAUACUCGAGCCUCUCCAGACGGCUACGGACCUGGUAUGGGACGUAUAAAUGCGACCACCCUAGUAAGCUACACUGGGAACAGCCGUCAAGUCUUCAUUUAAGCUGCGCUAUACCGCAGGAAAGGGCCCCGCCGACAUGCAUCUAUUUCCCCGACCUCGAAUCGGGUCAUAUUCACCUGCUAUACUGGACGUCUCAUGUUCUUCUCUUCAGCAAUCUCGGUAUGUUAUAUCUGAGCUGUACAACCAAUGCGCGGCAGGGCAGUCCGCCUUCACUUCCCCCUUUUCCUUGUGAUGUACAAGAGAUGCAUAACAUGGCCAUCAACAUCGCCAAAUCUUCCGAAUACUUCCUUCAACCGAAGACAGUUGCCCUGGGAGCUUGCGUGAUCUCCUUUCCGGCGUCGAUUGCAUUCGGGUACUUCGAAUACUACAACCUCCCUGAGUACGACUGGUUCCGCCAGAUCUUUGAGUACACUAAGAUGUCUGGCAUUGAUAUGGAAGGCUUUCUCGAUGCGGUGGCGUCGGAAACGGAUUUGGAGCUUGUGGUGUGUUAAGUCUCAGGGCGUUUGUGUUAGUCGCAUCCGCCCAGGAGCAGACUUUUACUACCGGGAAGGUGUACAGAGGCACGUAUUUAUCAUAUGUACUAAGAUGAGAAAAUCCAAGAUUGAGCAUUAGUGUCAA